AUGAGUGAUGAUCUAUCUUCAGGUAAACGAACUAGAGCUUCGGGUGAAGUUUUGGAUUACCUUUUAAAAGAAUUUGAAAAUAACCAUAAUCCAAGUCCUGAGCAAAGAAAAGAGAUAAGUGACAAAACAAAUAUGACAGAGAAAGCUGUUAGAAUUUGGUUUCAAAAUAGAAGAGCUAAAGUAAGGAAAUCUGAAAGGAUGGGAAGAUCAUCAGUAAAUAAUAACGUUCACUCAAGAUCAAGUAGUCUAAUAAGGGAUGGUAAAAACUAUGAAUAUCCUAGUAAUUUUGACAUAAAUGAAAAAUAUUGUUUCAUUGAUUGUUCUUCAUUAUCAGUUGGAAGUUGGCAAAGAGUUAAAUCAGGUUAUAUUGAAGAUGAUAAAUUAAGAAAUGAAUUAAUUAAUCUUUCACCAUUUACUUUAGUUAAAGUUAUGGAAACGGUUGAUUUAUUGGUGAUUUUACUGAAGAAAAACCUUGAAAUUAAUUAUUUCUUUUCAGCAGUUUCAAAUAAUUCUAAAAUUUUAUUCAGAAUAUUUUAUCCAUUGACUAAUAUUUUAACUUGUUCAUUACUUGACAAUAAUAUUGAUAAAGAAAAUAGUGAAUUAAGAGUUAGUUUAUCACAUCAACCAAAAUUUUCCGUUAAUUUUUUUAAUGGAGAAUUACGUAGUUCUAAUCAAUGGUCAAUUUGUGAUGAUUUUAGUGAAGGUCAACAAGUUAGUUCAGCUCAUUCUGAUGGUGGAACUUCAAUACCUCAUGUUUUAGUAGGUAUCCAACAAUCCAUAUGUGCAUUAAAUGAUUUCAUUCUUGAAAAAAUUCAACAACAUCAAAGUGAUUAUAUGGUAAAUGAUAAUAUUUCCAAAUUUAAUGUUACCCCUGAUAUUAAUGAUCAUAUAGUUGAUUCAAAUUAUAAUAGUGAUGAAGAUAUGGAUAAUUUACCUUUAGAUAAUCAUAAUCAUGAACUUGAACUCGAUGAUCAUUUACCAAACUUGGGUGAUACAACUAUUUGGAAUGAACAUCCUCAUUUAAAUAAUCAAUUAUCACCAAUUGGUCAAUUCAAUUCCGAUACUUCUCCAACUUCAUUGAGUAGUGAUAAAAUGCAAAAGAAGAAUGAAUUACAACCAAAUUUCCAUUAUAAUGAAAUGUUUUCUGCUAACACACCUGAUUUCCUCAAUUCAUCCCAUACACCAAAUAUUGUUCAAACUAUUGAAAAUGACCCUCAGGAGAAUAUCGAACAAAGUCCUUAUAUACCUCCAACAGACAAUUAUGAUGGGAUCACUCAAGAUCAAUUUGAUUUCCCCGUGGUCAAUGAAUAUUCUGGUCUGGAUCAAUCAGUAAGAUCUCCUAAUGGCCAUGUUGAUAGUUUUAUUGAUUAUAACAAUGGUUAUCCUUAA